GUGGGUUUUUUUUUCCCAGAGAACAUUUGCAAAAAAUGAAUCCGUGUCAGGUGUGCGAGACUGCAACAAAAAACAAAUGCUCCAACUGCAACCAGGUCUCGUACUGCUCGGUGCAGCAUCAGAAGCAGGACUGGAAGGCGCACAAAGGCCAAUGCUAUCCAUUUAAGAUAGCGCAAAACGAGCUGCUGGGCCGCCAUUUGGUGGCCACACGUAACAUCAAACCCUAUGAGAUUGUUAUAAAGGAGGCGCCGCUGAUGCGCGGCCCGGCCCAAAUCUCGGCGCCGGUCUGCAUGGGCUGCCUGAACUGCAUCGAGCCGAACGAUCACAUCACCUGCGACAAGUGUGGCUGGCCGCUGUGUGGGCCGGAGUGCCAGGCGCUGGACGAGCACAGGGCCGAGUGCCAGCUGACACAGGAGCGCGGUCAAAAGGUGAACGUGCAGGAGUUCAAUGGACCGCAUCCGCUCUACACCUGCGUCAGCGCGGUGAGAUGCCUCCUCAUUGGCGAGACAAAUCCGGCAAAUGCAGCGAAAUUCAAGCAACUGGAAACGUUGGAGCAAACACGUCGCGGCUCGAAUCAAUGGAAGGCUGACCUGGCCAGCAUUGGACAGUUCAUACCCAAGUUCUUUCGCACGCAGAAAUUCAGCGAGGAGGAAAUCAUGCGUGCCGUGGGCGCCCUGCAAAUCAAUGGACACGAGGUGCCCACAUCGGAUCCACCGCAUGUGGCGGUAUUCUAUACGGCCUCGUUUACGGAAAACUCGUGUGUGCCCAAUCUGGCCAAGAGCUUCAAUAAGCAUGGACACUGCAUGCUCUGGGCACCACGCGAGAUCAAAAAGAAUUCGCAUUUGAGCAUUUGCUAUUCGGACGCCGUUUGGGGCACAGCCGAUCGCCAGCGGCAUCUGAUGCAGACGAAGCUCUUCAAGUGCAGCUGCGAGCGCUGCCUGGAUGUCACCGAGCUGGGCACCAACUACAGCGCCCUCAAGUGUGAGGAUCGCAAGUGUCCCGGCCUGUUGUUGCCAAUCAAGGCGGACGACUGGAAUGGCAGCUGGCGCUGUCGCGAGUGCCAGAAACAAGUGCAGAGAAAGUACGUGGACGGCAUAUUGGAGCGCGCCAGUCAGGAUAUUCAAAGCAUGGAAAAAACUGCCGAAAAUGGUUUCAAAUACUUAAAGCACUACGAGAAAUGGUUGCCCACGCAGCAUUAUCACCUGAGCGAGGUUAAAAUUCUUCAGGUGCAGCUGAUUGCCAAGGAUCAGCAGGAGCUAAUGAUACUAUCCGAUGAGCAUCUGCAAUUGAAAUUAAAAUAUGCCAAGGAAUUGAUUGAACUCUAUGAAACUAUAGCGCCCUGUGAAGUCCGAAUGCUGGGCACACUCUGCUUUGAGCUGCAUUCAGCUAUUUCCGAGAAUACACGACGCAUAGCCCUACAAUCGAAUCUCUCGCCCAGGGAAAUGCUUGAGGAAUCUUUGCUGUACGUGGAAAAGUGCGUCAACUAUUUGCAAUACGAAUCGGACAUAUUUGUCGAGGGGCAUAUCUUGAAACAGGCAAAAAUCAAUCGAGAUGCUUUGCGCAUGGUCAUUAGAAUAUCUUAAUUAUGUACUUACACUCAUUUUUGACCUUUUUUUUAUUGAUUAUUGUGCUGUCGGUGAAAGUAUAACAGAAAAACCACA